GGUUUGAGUCACCCACGGCGAACGCUUGAUCAGCCCCAAAACCAAACCAGGUCACCUCACCCCGCACGAGGAGCACCAGAGCACUCGCUGCUGCUGCUGCUGCUGCUGGCCUGCUUUGGGCUGAAAAGCUGCGUUUUGAGGCUUUUACCGAGGACUCUGGCCUCCCUCCAGGGAAACUCGCCAUUGCUGACAGCAGGCGAUGCCGCAGCCCAGCCCAUGGCGGGGCCCGGCCAGGCUUUGGUGCUGCCCGUCCUGCUCUGCUGCCUGUGCCCGGGUGCUGCGAACUUGACGUGCAACGGGCGCGUGUGGAUCGAGCCCGAGCCCGGGCCCGUGGUGCUGCUGGGCUCCGACAUCUCCAUCGGCUGCGAGUCCUCGUUGGAUUGCCCCUCGCCGCAGCAGCUCUUCAUCUCCCUCAACUACAGCUCCCUGCUGGCCCUGCGCGACGGCGCCGAGCGCCUCCACCUGCCCCGCUUCCAGCUGCCCCUCGUCACCGUCACCUGCUUCUCCCGCUGCGCCCAGAGACACCGCGUGGUGUGCGGCACCGAGCUCCGGGCCGGCUACCCCCCGGACCCCCCCGGGAACCUGAGCUGCGCCAUCGCCGAGGGCUCGGAGCACCUGCGGUGCGGAUGGGAGCGCGGCCGGACCACGCACCUGCCCACCCGGCACAGCCUCCACCUGCGCAGGCUGUCAGAUGAGGAGGAUGAUGAGGAAGAAAAGACCUUCCCUGCAGACUCACCUGUGCUGCUGAGGGAGCUGCACAACGACAGCCAGUACUGGGUGUGGGUGCAGGCCAGCAACGCGCUGGGCACUGCCCGCUCGGCCCCUCAGCGCCUCAGCCUGCAGGAGCUGGUGGUGCCCGCCCUGCCCGUGCCCAUGGGCGCCGAGACCACGGACACGUCCCCAGCCGUCACCACCACGCGCUGGAGGAGCCUCACGCGCCUGAGGGACGUGCGCUGCCAGGAGAGGCACAGGGCCAGGGGGGCCCCGGCGUGGCACGUGGAGCCGUGUGCCGAGGUGCCCCCGGAGGGUCCCCGCUGGCAGCACGAGCUGCAGAGCGACACCGAGUUCGUGUUCCAGGCCAGGUGCCGGCUCGGCAGCGCCCGCAGCCCCUGGAGCGCCUGGAGCCCCCCGUUCCUGUACCGCACCCCCGAGGCAGCCCCCGCCGCCGCUCCCGCCGUGUGGCGGCGCCUGGGCCGGGCCCUGCCGAACGGCAGCCACGAGGUGACGGUGUUGAUCAAGCCGCUGUCGGCCCGGGAUGCCCGCGGGAGGAUCCUGGGCUACGCCGUGAGCGCCGAGGGCCCCGCGGGAGCGCUGCGGCCGCUGUGCCUCACCGCGGGCACCGAGUGCUCGCUGCUGGUGCCGCCCGGGGCCCGCAGCCUCCUCGUCACCGCCCGCAACGCCAAGGGCGCCUCCAGCCCCGCCAGCAUCCCCCUGAACUGGGCGGCAGCUCCGCAAGAGUUCCCGGCCCCGGAGGCACUGGAGGUGCAGCAGGAGCAGCAGAGCAGGGUCCUGGUGCGGUGGCAGCGCCCCCAGCCCAGCCAGAGCCCCCUGCUCUGGUUCAUCCUGGAGUGGCUGUCCGGCCCCCAGCACGGCCUGCAGGAGCAGCACAGCUGGGACAGAAUCCCAAAACACCAAACUCACACCUACAUCCCAGGUGGGACAGCCCAGGAAGCCCCUGCUCAGGUGCGGCUGUACGCGGUGUAUCCCGGCGGGAUCAGCGCUCCCCGCUCCAGCCCAGACCCUGCAGAGGAGCCGCUCCUGGGCAGCACCUACAGCGAGAUGUCCCAGGAUGAUGACAUCCAAGUUGUCCUGGGACUGAGCCUCAGCGUGGUCGGAUUAUCCGUUCUUUUUGCAGUUGUGAUGUUUAAAAAGUCAGUCAGGAAAAGGGUCAAGGCCACCCUCGUGUCCCUCUUGCCAAGGUGGAUGUUUGAGGACUUUCCCCACAUGGAGAACAGCACCGUGGUGAAGUCACUCCAGGACAAGGCUGAUUUCCCCAGUGCCAGCCUCCAGGAGCCCUUCCUGGACCCCGCAGUCUCCGAUGUUCAGGAGGUGCCAGCACAGGAGCGGCCCCAGCGCCGGGACCCUGAGGCCAGGGCAGGGGUGGCCGAGCCCAGGGAGGUGCCCAGGGGCGUGGUGGCCCCCAGGAGCCCGGCCCCAGGGCAGCUGGGUGCCUACAAACCCCAGCUCUCCGACGGGAACACUUUGGGGUACGUGGCUGCCGGAAUCUGCCCGGCGCAGCCACCCACGCCCGUCCCACAGCCAGAGGUGGGAAUCUUCUCCCAGGAUUACACCAGCCCUGUCCCCCAGCUGUGGGACACGCAGGGAGGGACCCCCCAGCUGUGCCUGCUGGACAAGAUCAACCUGGUGCUCAACAGCAGCCUGGAGUUCCCUGGACACGGACACGGACACGGAGCCGUCCCGGAGCAGCGCUGGGAGCCCGGCCCCGAGCAGAUGCUGGUGCCCGAGGAGCUGCUGUCCUGCCUGAGGGCCACCAACAGGGACCCUGCAUCCCACACGGCAUGCGGGCAGAGCCGAUCACCGGAGCCGUCCAUCCAUCCGUCGCACCGUCCCCCGAACGCGCUGGCACCGGCCCCGGGGCGGCGGCACCGGCCCGGCCCCGCUCCGGGCGGAGCUCGGGCACGAACGGCCCCGGAGCGCAUGGAGCGCAUGGGCCGCGUCCCACCGAGCCCCUGGGACCGCUCCGGAACACGGGAACCAACGCGGAAACCGAUGAGCACAGACGGGAAACCAGAGGUAAAACGGAGCUUCGGAUAUUCGGGAUUUCGGGGGGUAUCAACCCCCCUCUGGCCGACCACAGCAAAUGAAUGA